AUGAAGUCACCACCAAAUGACAAACGCCGCCAGAAUAUUCAACCUAUUUUUGGAAUUCACAAGCGAAGUAGAUUAAAUGUCGAAACCUCUUUCCAUAACAUAACCCCGCAACAUAAAAAAGCAGGCUCCAACUGCGAGAGUAUCCAAAGAGAACGCUUACAACGACAGUACGCAAACAAGAUUACAGUCUCCGCGAAUUUUAACUUUCAACCAAGCAAUUUUUUUAAUACGAAUUCUGAAAUAAGCAAAGUUUUUACUCAAACUCAAAGAGUUGGGUUUGAGUAA